AUGAAGCUUGCACAUACUUUCACGUCUCUCCUCGCGCUAGUGUCGCUAGUCGCUAGCUCACCGACCCAACAGCUGAACACUCACGCUCUACGCCUACCACUCGAGCGCAGGAAUAAUCAAAUCACCGUGGAGAGUCUCCGAGCACACCUUGCACAAGUCUCCGCGAAGUACCGUCAGGGGUUUGCGGCGUAUCAGGCCAAUGAAGGACAUGCCCACCCGUUGAGCAAGCCAUCCAGCUCGAAAAAGGUGAAGCGAGAUGCUGGUGAUGUUUUUUUGAUAGCUCAGGGUAUUGAGCUGUGGUAUGCUUCGAUCGAUGUCGGUUCGCCGGCGGUGACUUUCACAGUGUCCAUUGACACGGGCAGCGCGGAUCUGUUCCUUCCUUCUACCGCCUGUGUUACAACUUGCGACGGCCACACUAAAUAUGAUCCAUCCAACUCCUCAACAGCUAUCGACCUUAAGAAGUCAUUCGUACUUACUUAUGGCCAAGGCGAAGUUGCGGGAGAAGAGUACACUGACAACGUCGUAAUUGGAGGAUAUAAGGCUGAAGGACAGACCAUCGGGGCUGCAUCUAACUAUUCUUCCGACUUCUCAAGUGAGAAUUUCGUGCCUGACGGGCUAGUCGGCUUUGCAUUCGAGUCUAUAUCCGAAUACGGAGCAUCUCCGCUCUUUCAGACCCUCUUGCAACGCGGAGGGUUGCGAGAAGCUGUGUUCGGCGUCAAACUCUCCGCUACCUCCAAUGCUAGCGAACUGUUUGUUGGAGGGAUCAACACCACGCUGUAUCAGCAAAACACUCUAACAUAUAUACCUAUAACUAAGGAGGGCUACUGGCAAGUAACGCUCGAUCAGGUUUCUCGAGCUGGCGUUUCGGUGGGGACGUCGGGGGCAACGUCUAUUAUUGACACCGGAACAACUUUGAUCGUGACGGAUAUGGAUAGUGCUGCAUCCUAUUUUGAUGGCAUUCCUGGUGUUGAGUCAUAUGAUGAUGAAUCCGAGGUGCUUUAUUCAAUUCCGUGCGAUACGAUCGACAACUAUGCGCCGACCCUCACCUUCGGAGGACAUCCGUUUACCGUGUCCGGGGAAACGUUCAAUCUCGGACCUGUUGAACAGGGAUCCAGCGACUGUCUAGCUGGUGUCGCGGGCUCUAACGAAGUUGAUUUCUGGGUCGUGGGUGACGUGUUCUUGCAGAACGUGUACUCGAUCUAUGAUAUGGAUGGAUCGCGAGUUGGAUUUGCCGAGCUCGCAUAGGGCUCUUGACGUGAGUGCUUCUGCUGAGGGUUGUACUACAGGAGCA